UCUCCCUUACUCCUGUACCCAUUUUAUUCUGCUCAAUACAUUCGUCAAUGACUCAAUUCUACUUCCGUUUGGCCAUCGCUACAUUGGCUGUCGUUGUUACACUGCAGUCGACUGCGAAUGCUCAGGGUGAAACACCUGCACCCUACGAUUGUGCAAAUAUCUCGCUCGAAGGCCAUACUUAUAACAUCUCAGCUUUCAAGGCGAAUACAUAUACUAUUAAAGGAGAAGUUAGGGAGGAACAUCCAAACAAGAUCCGCGUUGAUUAUGAAUUGAACCCAUGCCAGGCUAUUGCCUUUCCGGAAGGUGAGGCAAAGUCGCAUUGUAAAGCCGGCACGUGGGUUUGCCAGGAUACUAAGCUCGUCCGCGACGAAGGUGAACCCAUAACUGUGACUCUCCGUCCGAUCGCGAGAGACGUGGCACCAACUGUGGUGCGAGCUGAAAAAAUUGAGGAUGUAAAAGAAUUACCUUGGAAUUUGACACUGAGAGGAGGGAAUAUUGAUGGUCAGAAUCAGUCAGCUACAAUUACUUUUAUUUGUGAUAUGGCUGUGACGGACGAAACAGUUGGUCCAACACUGACCAAAUAUGAAAACGGUGUCGUGUAUUUUUCGUGGAAAUCUGGACAUGCUUGCCCCCAACAAAUUCAGGUCCCAACUACUGAAGGUAUGGGGGGAUUUAGAACUUUCUUGACUGUGCUAUCCAUAUUUGCCCUCAUUUAUCUAAUCGCCGGAGCUGCAUAUAACCAUAAGGUAUAUGGUGCCACGGGUGUGGACAUGAUUCCCCACGUCGACUUUUGGAGAGACUUCCCAAAUCUUGUUGUUGAUGUUGUACGUCAUGUCUGGGACUCUGUUACGGGACGUUUCACAAGUAGUCGCGGUUACGUUUCAGUGUAGAUACCAUCUAAUGAUUGCUCAUGCUCAAACAUAAUCAUCUCCCCAUCUCAAUCUUUUUUCUCCGUUUGUACCCUCCUAAUUGAUGAAUAAAGCUACCCCUUCCAUCAGGCUAUCACAUGUAUUCACAACUUAUAUCUUUACAGCAAAAUCACAAUAAAAA